CAUGAAUCAAAGAUCUUUAGCACAACAAUUAAGAUAUACACAUGAACGUGAACUGCGUAAAAAUGAACCUAGCAGAAGAGCAGUUGCUCAACAAGAAAAAAGAAAUCAUGAGCGAAAAAAACAAAUACAAGAAAAUGAAUUUGAUAGAAGAGCUAACACACAUCAACAAAGUAAUACUAAUGAAGCAGAGAAUUUAGUAAACCAAAGAGCUAUCUUUCAACAAAAAAGAAGAAAAUAUGAAAAAGAAGUUGAUACAGUAAAUCAAAAAAGUUUUUCUCAACAAGUUAGAAGAGACCAUGAAAGAACUAAAAAUAUAGUAAAUAAAAAAUCAAUUUCACAACAAAAAAGAAGACAAUGUAAAAGAGAAGCUAACAAACAAGCUCAAAGUGAAAAUGAGCAAGCAAAAAGAGCAUAUACUAUAUCUCUUGAUAAACUAUUAGCACAACUUCAACAAAAUAAUAUAAGAUAUAAUCUUGGACAUAUGAAUACUGUGAAACACUUUAUUGGUUAG